AUGGAGUUCUCCGGCAUGAAGUCCUGGGUUGCUCGGAGCGAAGAGGGCGAAAGUCUGUCAGACAUUGCUCAUAACCUUCCCCCGAUACCAGUGGCAGGACUCACAAGCGUCAUUCAGGUUGUGACGUACAUCCUGUCCGUACUGUCUACGCUCGUGAUUGCCCUGCGUCUCUACGUCAGGCUCAAGCUGUCGGGCACGGAGCGAACAUGGGGCUGGGACGACACGUUCGCCGUCGCCGGAUGGGUUCCCCUUUGGCCCUCGGUGGCGUUCCUUAUCAUCGCGACUCGCUGGGGACUCGGGGCCCGCGACGCCCAGGUCCCCGAGGGGAUGCUCUCCUACUACCAAAUCCGAGUCAAGGAAGACAUGUUUUACUUCGAGGUCAUCUACUUCGCCUCGUCCAUCCUGACCAAGCUGGCCAUGGCCGUCAUGAUCCUCCGGCUGAGCUCGACCCGCGUCUACGCCUACAUCAUCUGGGGCAACAUGGCGGUGCUGGGGACCAACGGGCUCAUCUGCAUGGUCAUCAUGUUUGUCAGCUGCUCCCCCAUACCGGCUCUCUGGAAUGAAAAGCUGGUUGGAUGCUCGUCAGCUAUGCGGGCUCCGUCGUCCUGGCCCAUGGUGGACUGGACGUGUGCCGUGACGCCCUUCUUCAUGCUCCAGGGCCUCCAGAUGCCAAAGAGACGCAAGAUCUCGCUCCAAGUCAUCCUCAGCCUGGGCAUCAUCGGCAGCGCCGCCGGUCUCGUGCGUAUGGGAUACUACCGCGCCUACGACACAAAGGCUCACCCGCACGAAUCUCUCUACGAUUGGGGCCACACUGUGCUCUGGUCGGUGCUCGAGGCGUGUCUCGGCAUCAUUGCCUGCUCUCUGCCGCCGCUUCGCAAGCUCUUCACCUCUUUCUAUCCAAGUUCGCAGGGCAAAUCAGGCAAUCAAUCUCGAGUGAUGAACAGCAAUAAUUGGGCGCUCUCGCAGUGCAACCUCGAGGGGACACGGUCAUCGGCCGAAGGGAGCGUUCUCCGCGAGAUCAGUCUCAUGACUUGCACUCGAUUUCCAGCCAACGAGGGAUUUUGA